AUGCAAACGACUACGAAACGAAGCGCGUAUGCACAGGCCACCACGCCCGAGAUGCGCCUCAGCGGGUGCUCUGCUGCUGCCAUGAGCCAGCGUUCGUUGUUGGCCACUCUGCGACCUCGUCACAGCGAUUAUUUCUCCAAGAUUUUGCAAGCUCCCAGCGUUCGGCAGGUUGCGUCGAUGCAAACUGCCGGAGUCCGCGUGUCCAGCUUUGUGUCCAGUUGCUCUUCGCUCGGAGCAGCGGUCCCCAUGCUCGAAGACGGCGACGACAACGACGUGUUCAAAGAUCGUGAGUUUGGAGACGACGACGAAGACGAGCCCACCGGACUUGUGCAGUUCGAUGCGCUCAAGCAUGUAGUGCACACGAUCGCAAAUGCCGACGGAGCCAUCGACAAACAAACGUUCAAAGACACAUUCGGCAUGGACCUGCCCGACGCGGCCAUGGAGAGCGUGCGAUGUGCGUCGUUCCUGCUCACUGCCGCCAUGGAGAUGGACCUGGCGGACGACGAGAAGCUGCGCCUCAUCUUCAACACGAUGGACGCGCAAAGCACUGGCCUCAUCGACCGCGGCGACGUCGUGACGCUCCUUCGUGCCAAGUUUGCGUCCGUCAAGCUCAAAUGUGUGGGUACCGACUAUUCGUCGCUGGCAGACAUUUUGUUUGCCAAGGCCCAUGCAGCCCACAAAACACACAUCGAUUACGCCCAAUUCUGCCACGUCUUUCGGGAUUACAUCAAGGACGCCACCACGGUCGUGACGGCCGAUUGUUUGAAGUCCACCAAGUCCACCCACCGAACCAACGUGUUUUCCACCACGACGUCGUCAUCGCGUCACGACCACGCCUCCCUAUCGUCGCUUGGUUCAAACGUGCAUGCUUGGUACCUCCGCAACCGCCUUCGUCUGUGGUGGGGCGCCCUGUACAUUGUGUUUUGCCUGUAUCAAGGUAUCGGCAAAGCCAUGAAGUUCCCCGUCGACUCUGCCGUGGGGUGGAGCCUUCGCAUCGCGCGGGGUAUGGCGCAAGUGUCGAUGUCCAACAUGUUCCUGGCACUGUUGCCCAUGUGUCGCUCAGUCGUGGAGAUUGUCAAGACGCACACCCCCCUCGGCCGGUUCAUUCCGUUCGACGACGUCCUCGCGUUCCACCGUGUCGCAGGCGCCGUGUCCUUGCUCGCCGGCCUCAUCCACACGGGCGCGCACGUGUACAACGAGGUCUGCCUCUACCUCGUGGUCUCCCCCGACCGAAUCCACCGGUCGUUCCUUGUUGCACACAUCUCAACCUUGCGCGGUCCGAACGGCGAGGCGCUGGUGCCCCCGUUCCACCAAUUUGUGAUGACAUUGCCCAUCCUCACUGGCGUCGUCAUGCUCGUGAUCGCCCUUAUGGUGCUAUCCACGGCGCUCAUUCCGUGGGUGCGCCAACGCCACUUUAACGUGUUCUGGUACUGUCACGUGUCCCUCGGGCUGUUCCUGGCUGCCGGGUGCCUCCACGGCGCCAUGUCCUGGCUCGCGACCGCGCAGUCGUUCUUCUGGAUCCUGCCGCCGCUCUCAAUCUACCUCCUCGAGCGAAGAGUUCGCUUCCUCAAGUACUUCCCCGUCGCCACCAAGACCGUCCCUGUGGCCAUUCAACGCGACCGGACAACUAUCUACAAGCAGUCGUCAUCUGAAGACACCCUCGCCCUCUUUCUCGACAAGCCCCCCAGCUUCCGGUACACGCCGGGUAUGUACACGUUUGUGAACGUCCCGGCUAUCUCGACGCACGAGUGGCACCCGUUCACGAUCUCGUCGGCCCCUUGCGAUCCAUAUGUGAGUUUGCACAUUCGGAACGCAGGGGAUUGGACGUGUCGCCUCCACGAAUUGAUUGACCAAGGCCAGUUUCCCGCUCUGUUUUUGGAUGGACCUGUGGGGGCCCCCACGCAGGCGUACAGCCAGUACAAAACCAUCCUCAUGGUCGGGGGGGGCAUUGGCGUGACUCCGUUUGCGUCCGUGCUCAAGGACGUGGUGACCGAGAUGCGCAGCCGGAAGGCUGGCGGCCGAGUGUGCCCCGACUUUCACUUGGAAAAGCUCUACUUUCAUUGGACCACGCGCCAACAAGACUCACUGCGGUGGUUCGAAGACACGAUGAACGAUUUGCAUGCGCUGGACGAUGACAACAUGUUUGAGACGCAUCAGCACCUGACCAGCGUCAAGGAGCAUGACACCCCUGAGUUUAUGAAGCUGUUUCAGGCCAUGGUGCACAAAGAAACGGGGACGGACGUCGUGUCGGGCCUGCACACGGGCCAGCUGACGCACUUUGGGCGGCCGAAAUGGGACCAGAUCUUUCACGAGAUUGCGUCGACGCAUGUCGGCGAGACCAUCGGCGUCUUCUUCUGUGGCCCCCAUAUCAUUGACGUCGAGCUGGACCGGCUAUGUCGACAACACACGAGCAACGGCACCCGGUUCGAGUACCAUUCCGAAAAGUUUGCCUGAAAUAUGUUUAGAAGUCGUCGAAUAUUAUCGUAUUUAUUAGUGCCUCAUAAUACACUCAAUAACUAACACAUGCCAUAUACAAAGA